CCAUUUAUAUUCCGGGGGGAGUGGGAUUGGGGGGGAACCGGGCCCAGGGUUUUUGUUUGAUGCGUUUGAUUUUAACUUGUGACCUGUUUAUUGGGGCCUUUCAAUUAUUAGUAAUUACAAUUACACGUCUCGCGCUCACAGAAUAGCACAGUCGAUUCACUUUACGGUGCAGCCCGUGAGGCGCUCUGAGGCGGAUAAGACGCUGUAUGCAGGGGGUUGUGGGGGGGGAGAACAUGCCUGAGGUGAACGUGCUCCAUGCAUAGGCUGUGCACGCAGCUUUCUCAGCACUUUGUGGACGUUUUGCUUCAACCCAGGAGGAUUUGGCCAGCUUGGAAUCAACUGGUGAAGGCGGUGUUUGAAAAGCAAAGCAGCGGCAAUUCUACCCAUCCUUUCCUGCUCGGGUCGGGUCAUCAGUCGGGCUGUUUGCUCCCGGCACAUUGGGUGUGGAGCAGCGUGCAAGCUCCAGCAGCACAAAACCAGAAGCUGCUCUCCAAGUCCCUCCUUGCCUUGGUUCUCUCCCGAAUUCUCAGCGACACAUUCUGUAUCUCAAGAGCAGACAUGGCCGAGCAGCGAUACUGCGUGGACUAUUCCAAGCGUGGCACGGCCGGCUGCAAGAAAUGCAAGGAGAAGAUCCCAAAGGGGCUGGUGCGCAUCGGCAAGAUCGUCCCAAACCCCUUCUCGGAGUCGGGGGAGAUGAAGGAGUGGUACCAUGUCAAAUGUAUGUUCGAGAAGCUGGAGCGAGCUCGACUGAGCACGAAGAAGAUCGAUGAUCUGAGUGAUCUGGAGGGUUGGGAAGAGCUUCAGGACGAAGAGAAAGAGCUGAUCAACAAGCACAUCACAGAACAUGCAAUCAAGAUGGGCAACACUUUCCCCAAAUACAAGACUACCCCAGAGAAGGUGACCCCCUCGACAUCCAGCCCAUCACCUCUUAAAUUCUCUGGAUUUUCAGCUAAAGGAGGAAGCCCAGGUGGCAAGGCCUCGCCCUCAAGCAGCAAGCUGCCAGUCGUCGCGGGCGAUCCCAACCACAAGGACUGCUCAUUGCGGGAAUUCCGCAAACUGUGCGCGACGAUCGCAGAGAGGCCCAGCUACAACAGCAAGACUCAGAUCAUCCAGGACUUUCUCAGGAAGGGCACAAGUGGUGAUGGUAAAUUCCAUGGAGAUGUGUAUUUGACUAUAAAGCUCCUGCUCCCAGGCGUCAUCAAACAUGUGUACAACCUGAACGACAAGCAGAUUGUCAAGCUCUUCAGUAGGAUAUUUAACUGCAGUCUGGAUGACAUGGUCCGAGACCUGGAGCAGGGGGACGUCUCUGAGACUGUGCGCAUCUUUUUUGAAGGCACCUCGAGCUUCCCUCCCGCAGCCAAGAGCACGAUGACUAUUCAGGACGUGGAGGCUGCUCUGACUCGGCUCUCAAAGCUGACUCGGGAGGAGGAGCAGCAGAGGGAGCUUCAGGCUAUUACUGCCAAGUGUACAGGAAAUGAUCUGAAAUGCAUUAUUCGGCUGAUCAAGCACGACCUGCGGAUGAAUAGUGGAGCCAAACAUGUGCUGGACGCUCUGGAUCCCAAUGCUUACGAUGCCUUCAAAGCCUCACGAAAUUUACAGGACGUGGUGGACCGUGUUCUCAAGAACCAGCAAGAAUCUCAGCAGGUCCCAGGCAUGAGGAAGAUGUUGAGCAUCACAGCAACGCUUCUGACUCCAGUCCAGCCCAUGCUGGCUGAAGCUUGCAAAUCGAUAGAAUACGCUAUGAAGAAGUGCCCCAAUGGCAUGUACGCGGAAAUCAAAUACGACGGAGAGCGGGUUCAGGUGCACAAGAACGGAGACACCUUUCAGUACUAUAGCAGGAGUCUGAAACCUGUGUUACCUCACAAGGUUGCUCAUUUUAAGGACUUUAUUCCCAAAGCGUUUGUGGCGGGUGACAGCAUGAUACUGGACUCUGAGGUGCUUCUGAUUGACACAGCCACAGGGAAGCCCCUCCCAUUUGGAACGCUGGGUGUACAUAAGAAAGCUGCCUUCAAAGAUGCGAACGUUUGCCUGUUUGUCUUUGACUGCAUUUAUUUCAAUGGUGUCAGCCUCAUGGACAGACCGAUCCGUGAGCGGAGGCAGUUUCUUCACGAUAACAUGGUGGAAAUCCCCAACAGGAUCAUGUUUUCCGAGAUGAGGCACGUGAAUAGGGCCUCCGACCUGGGGGACAUGAUCAAUCGAGUUAUCAAAGAGGGUCUGGAGGGACUGGUGCUAAAGGACGUUAAGGGUCUGUACGAACCAGGAAAGCGUCACUGGCUGAAAGUGAAGAAGGACUAUCUGAAUGAAGGUGCGAUGGCCGACACUGCAGACCUGGUGGUGCUGGGGGCUUUCUAUGGACAAGGAAACAAAGGUGGGAUGAUGUCCAUCUUCCUGAUGGGCUGCUACGACCCAAAGCUGGGUUGGUGCACAGUGACCAAGUGUGGAGGUGGCCAUGACGACGCUACGCUGGGCCGAUUACAGACCGAACUGGAUAUGGUGAAAAUCAGCAAGGAUGCAAGCAAAAUACCAGACUGGCUAAAGAUCAGUAAGAACUACAUCCCUGAUUUUGUUGUCCGGGAUCCAAAGACUGCCCCAGUGUGGGAGAUCACGGGAGCAGAGUUCUCUAAGUCGGAGGCGCACACUGCAGAUGGCAUCUCGAUCCGCUUCCCCCGAUGCACCCGUAUCCGUGAUGACAAGGACUGGCAAACUGCAACUAACCUUCCUCAGCUCAAGGAACUGUACAAGGUUUCUAAGGAAAAGUCUGAUAUUGAAAUUGCCAUAGCUUGUGCCAGGGGUGGGGAAGAAUCGGGUACAGGUGGCACUAGCAGCAGCGAGACUGGACCAACUCCCAAACCAAGCCCAGGCAGCUCCAAAGGGCCUUCAAAGUCUCCAUGGAAAAAACGUCAAAGCCAAGAUGCCAACAGCAGUACAUCCCAAAAGGUUACCCCUGAAAAUUCAGAUUCAACGCCAAGAAAGGGGUUGAAGCGGAAAUUGCCAGGAGUGGAACAGAAUGGAAAUAAGAUCAAAUCGCCUGGGACAGAAAAGAGUAACGGCUCUUUGCUCUCCAGUCCGACCACAUCGCCUACUCCAAAUCAGACGCUGCUGGACAUAUUUACAGGAGUAAGGCUCUAUUUGCCUGCAUCAGCCCAAGACUUCAGCAGAAUCCGACGCUACUUUGUGGCGUACAACGGCGACCUGGUUCCAGAGUUUGACGUGGCCACAGCAACGCACGUGAUCGGUGACGUCAAGGAGAACGUGUGUGCCAAACGUGUUUCAGUGAAUUGGAUCUGGCAGUGCAUCAGGAAGAGAAGGCUGGUUUCACCGUGCUGACGUGUUUGAGCAAACCCAAUCAGCAGCUCACACUAAAGGCAAAGAUCGGUGCUGUCAUAUCCCCAAUUAAAGAUGUAUUUGACUUCUUUCUAUAUCAUGAGAGUGAAUGGGAAUGGGUACAUACAUUAUAAUUGCGUACCCAGUAUCACGUAUGUGUUUGUAGACUGUUUAGUGAGACAGCCUUUUGAAAAGAGAAUGAAUGCAUUGUGUUUGCUCUGCUUUGAGCGCCCCCCCCCCCACUGGUAGGUUGAGUGUAUUGAGGAUUUAUGUAUGGUGAUCAUGUAUUAUAGUAUAGGUCACAAGGACCUGCAUUCCAAUGCAGACACAGAACUGGCCUCUACCUAAUGAAAUGAAACCUAAGAGAACAGCUUGGUGAGGAGCAGUGGUUUCUGAUGUUGACUAACCUGGAGUCACCAGAUGUUCUGCAAUAAUAUUGUCUUUUAAUUAAUCAAAGUAUGAAAUACCCAUAAACCAAUUAAAUGACUUGUGAAACCCAAACUCCUCUCCAUAUCACUGGCCUCUCAACUUAAAAGGGACUUGGACUGAGCUGCUCUACAUCGUCAGUAAAGUAGGAAAACUGGACUCACAUGAAACGUAGAAGAGAAUCAAAUCUUUACAAACUCUAAAACCUAGUUUUUCCAGUAUGUAGAGCAGCUCAAGUCAAGUGGACCUGUGUCAGUGCUGCUGUCUCUACUGCAGUACCAUGCUGAACACUGCUCUGCCCAGCUCUGCUUUUGACAAGACCAGUUGGUAAAGAUGCUUUUUCCUACCAACAUGUUUUCUACGCAUCCUGAUCAUAGGAAUUGCAUCGGCGAUUGCACAGAAUCUCUAUAAAGGUAGUUGAUACUCCUUUGGAUGAGAUAUUAAGCCAAGGUCAUGUCUGCCUGUUCAGCUACCCAUUAAAGAUCACGGAACUUUAUUUUAAAACCGAUGUGUCCUGGCCAACAAUCCCACAAUAAAACUGGUCAUUCACUUCAUGGCUGUUUGUGGGACACUGCUGUGCACAACUUUGCUGCUGCACUUGCCCACAAAACCCAGUCACUACACUUUGCAGUAUAUCUUGUGAAGCGCUUUGGGAUGUCCUCCUGACAGGAAAGGUGCUAUAUCAAAUGUAAGGAUUAUCAAUAAAUUUCUAAACCAGGUGGCUAAGUAUGGGCUUGACACCAGUGUGGAGAGGAUGAAGGGUAUUGGAGGAUAUAUUGGGUAGAUGAAUAGAAUGGGGAUAGAGAGACUGAAAAUAAAAUAUUUCACAAGGAACAAUGAUUUUUGUACUACAAUGUCUGGAGGGCUACAGACAAUGCAGAAUAAUGCAAGGUAUUGUCUUGAGGGAGUAAUUAUAGAGGAAACCAGGCCAGGUAUCCAUUCUAGAAACGAUCAGUAUUCUAGAGUUUUAUUCUAUUACCUUUUGUAACUUUUCACCCUCAAAAUAAACAAUCAAUCCACUUUACAAUAUAACCUGUGAAGCACUUUGAAACACAAGUUAAGUCAAACUACAACAACAGCUUGCAUUUAUAUAGCAUCUCAUCGCUUAAACCACAUGGGCGUUGAAUGAAGCUGGUUCAAAUGACCUUUCCUCAUUCAUUACUCUUGUGGCUGUUAUUUGUCUUCCCACUUUCUUUGGGUUUGAUGUGAAUACCUUUUUAGGCAUGUGUAGACCUUCAAAGUGAGUAACCUAAUGGUGUUUUAAUAGUGUGCGUCUCUGGUGCACUCUUAUCACUUUUCUCUUUCUCCUCACUCCCCAUUUUCUAAUAGAUUUGUCUUUUCUGGAGCACAAUUAAUGAAUUGCUCGGUACAACAUUUGCUCCAUUUCCUCUGCUUGGGUUAUCUGAUUUGUGUCUGAGACUGAACACGAGAAUUGUGAAAUAGGUUAAAAAGGAAAGUCUGACCCAGUAUUUUUUAUAUACCUAAAGCUCGAGUGGCUGAGCGGUAAACUCAUAAUUUCUCAGCAAGGAGGUUCCGCACUAAUGUAAAUUCUUGGAGAACUUGCUUAAACUGACCAGCGCCUCGGCUUUCAUUAUCGCUCCUUUGUAAGCAUUCAAGGGCUAGUUGUCACGAUGAUUUGAACACUGCUUCUCUCAUCUAUUGUUCUAUUAAGAUCUUUUUAAGUAAAAUCUGAAUGGUU